AUGAAACAGCAGGUAGACAAAUCAACGAAGGAGUUUGAGAACCUUGAUUCAAUGACAAUUUUUGACAUUGUUCAGACGAAAAUCAACUCUCUUGAUGUUGUGGGAAAAGAUUUCAACAAGAUGGUGUCACAAUUUAGCUACAAAUCCGUGAAACAAUUACGUGGAAUGAAAUGGAUGAAUUACGAAAAGCAGUUGAACGAAUUGAAACAACAGGUUGACCAAUUUGGAAAGCUAGACCCGUCAUUUCUCUCACCAUCUUCAAUCGAAGAAAUUUCGAAUGAAUGGUUGUAUGACGAUACUCAGGUAGAGUUUUCAACUCAAAACACGGUGGUCACGUUGAUCAAAAACACAGAAAUGUUUGGCCGUUGCUUUGCAUUUAACAACACCAAGAUGGAAACUGGAAUUUUCAACGGAAAGUUAAAAUUGAACAUUUGGCCAAUUCGUUUUGUGUUGGAGUGA